AUGACAAACUGGAAAAAGAGAGCGAUGGAGGAAAUUGAUGAAAUAGAAAAGUCCAUCCAAGACGUUGUUAAACUAAUCGAUCAGUCAUUGCCAAACCUUCAAGAGCGCACAGAGAACUUCCGUGUUGUGAUUGAAAAAGCCUCUCAAAAUGCGUCUUCGAUCAAUAUGGAGAUUAAACGGAUCGAACGAACACAAACACGCAUUUCACAGGUUUUGGACACACUUUUGAAAGCCAAAGAGCAACGUUCUGUUCUACAAAAAUGUAAAGACGCUUUUCGUGCGAAAGACUUUGAUAACACCGUUCGGCAUUUCAUUCAGCUGAAGAGUUAUGGCACCAACUGCAGUCGGCUGAUGAAUGACGAGAUCUCGGUGUUAGAAAAAACGAUUCGAACUGAAUUUUCAAGUGGAUUGAAAGGCGCGACGGAGAAAGGGGAUAUGAAACAGACUCUGCGAUACACUGAUUUGUUGAUGAGAAUUGGAUUUGAGGAUGAAGGGUUACAACAAUACGUUUUGUAUUAUACCGGACUUAUUAAUAACGAAGCUUCUUCGAUUAAAGAGAAGUUACUUCGACUUGACAUCGCGACGAUAAAGACAAACGCAGUCUUUGCAGAGUCCGUGAAGGGGUUUGCUGAUUUUUCUUUAAAACUUGUGAUGCGGCAAAGUGCAAUUAAAGCGGAGGAAAUAUUUAAACCUGACAUCAUGUAUACCAUUGUAUCUAAGAUGUACAGCGAGAUCAGUACCUCAAUGUUGAUGCUGUUAAAUACGUUCUCCACUGUGAGGAGAAUCAACGCAUUGCAACAGGUCAAACCCAAAGAUAUGAGUGAGCAAGAGGUGAUCAUAGUGCUUGACGAGAUGUCGAUGAUCAGUUCUGUUUUUGUGGUUUGCAAAAUGAAAAUGGAAGAGUAUCUUGGUAACAUCAAAGCAAGUGAAGAAGUUAAAAAGAAGCCAGUUGACAGUUUGGUGAAAGUGGUUAAUGAAAUGGAGAAGGCGAUGAACACUUUUAUGAUCAUUCAAGAGAAUUACAUUACAAUGAUGUUCUCGAAGAACAUCAAAGAAAAGGUAAAAAUUGGGGAGUACAGCGAAGUGCUUGACUUGAUAUUCUACGAACUCCAACAAAGUGCAAAUCGUGUUGUAAUCAGUGGUUCCUUCCAGACGAGUUGUGCGGUCUUGAAUUUGAUAGUCACGACAAUUAAAACGUAUUUACUCAACAUGACAAAACAGGUGGUCCGUGAUAACACAAGUUUCAACAACGUCAAGUCUUCUGACGUCCUCAAAAAAGUCGACGAUUGCAAAUUGAAGAUACAAAAGUUGCAUUCUUCGAUAUCAGUGCGAAUGAACGACAUGUGGAGAAACAACGAGAAGAGUUUGGAGAUGAUCAACAUCGGGUUAGACGAAUUACUUGACACGCAAUUACUAUUUGACGCACUCAAAGCUUAA